AUGGCUGCCAAUAAUCUGCUGAGCCUGCUGCUCCUUUUUGUGGCUUUCGAGUUGGCUUUUGGUUGUUCCAAAGAUCUCUGCCCGGUGGUCAAGAACUGGAACUCUCUGUGCGAGGGAAACACAGAGUAUCAAUGCGUCUGCGAUUUCACCUGCUCCGAGUGGGACAAGCCCUGCAAUUGGGUCCUAAGUUGUGAAGCCGAGGUCGACAACAUCAAUGAGUUUCGCAGCAGAAAGCGAAAGCUACCUCUUUUCAGACUGCCGAAUCGUAGUCAACAGGAGUGUCUGGACAUUAAUAUUAAUACGCACAAGCAUCCAAAUUGUUGUAACUUGUUCUGCCAAGCUAAGAUUCGAGAUGUGUGUUUUUAA